AUGAAAGUGUUACAAAUAAGUGUCCUGCUAACUUUGCUUAUUUUUGCGACAACAAAUGGUAUACCGACGAGUACAGCUUCACCAGAUUUUAUUCCGCUGCGUCAACGAAACAAUCAUGUUGCACCGAGAUCACAUGACCCUAGUUUUCAAUUAUUACUACCAGAGUUAACAAAUUUGGAAUUAUUAAGUAAAAGGAUAGAAAAGCAAUAUCACAUUGAAGCCACAAAUGAGCUGAAUCGACGAUUUCAAAUUAUUCAUUUCAGUGGCCAAAAAAUUGCUUCAAAAAAUCAAAUGCAAAUAUUUUCUGAAUUCUUAAAACGUAAAAAUAACGAUGACGAAGUGAGAAUUUUUUUCAUUAUUUAA